GGCAAAGAGGGUAGGAAGCCGGCAUGGCGCUCUGGUCAAUAAAAUCGAUAGCUGGAAGCUGCCUGUGUUCCAGGCAAAGGCGGUGCAGUAGCAGCGCCGCCAUCUUCGCCGAAGGCAUCUUCCGGUACCUUUCCCCCAAGUUCGGGCAGGAGUUUCCUGAAUAACAGCGCGAGGUUUCCGUUAGCCCCGCAGGCGGCCGAUUCCCGGUCCCUCCCGGCCUGCCCCAGGCACACUCAGUCCCGGUCCGGCGGGGGCUCCCAAAUCCCGGGGUCCGCCAGGGGCCGAGGCCGGGACAGGGGAGGUCGGGGCGCGGGCUUCUCUGGUCCAAUGGCACCGCCUUCUUCUCCAGUCUCCGCACGGGGACCAGGAGAGGCCGGACCCGGCCGGAGAAGGGGAAGGAAGCCAAGGGCGGUGAAGUUCGCGGACGUGGCCGUGUACUUCUCCCCGGAGGAGUGGGGGUGUCUGCGGCCCGCGCAGAGGGCCCUGUACCGGGACGUGAUGCGGGAGACCUACGGCCACCUGGGCGCGCUCGGGUGCGCAGGUCCCAAACCAGCCCUCAUCUCCUGGUUGGAACGAAAUACGGAUGAUUGGGAACCAGCUGCCCUGGAUCCGCAGGAGUGCCCGAGGGGAUUAACAGUCCAAAGAAAAACCAGAACCAGGAAGAAGAACGGAGAGAAGGAAGUAUUCCCACCUAAGGAGGCACCCCGGAAGGGGAAGAGAGGGCGGAAGCCCAGCAAGCCGCGACUGAUUCCCAGACAGACAUCUGGGGGUCCCAUCUGCCCUGACUGUGGUUGUACCUUCCCUGAUCAUCCAGCCCUGAAAAGCCACAAGUGUGCCCAGAAUCUAAAAAAGCCUUACCCUUGCCCAGACUGUGGGCGCCGCUUUUCCUACCCAUCCCUGUUGGUCAGUCACCGGCGGGCACACUCCGGUGAAUGUCCCUAUGUUUGUGACCAAUGUGGCAAACGUUUCUCGCAGCGUAAGAACCUCUCCCAGCACCAGGUUAUCCACACAGGCGAGAAGCCCUACCAUUGCCCAGACUGUGGCCGCUGCUUCCGUAGGAGUCGGUCCUUGGCCAAUCACCGGACCACACAUACAGGAGAAAAACCCCACCAGUGCCCUAGCUGUGGGCGACGCUUUGCCUACCCGUCCCUGCUAGCCAUCCACCAGCGCACACACACAGGAGAGAAGCCCUACACUUGCCUGGAAUGCAACCGCCGCUUCCGCCAGCGCACCGCUCUGGUCAUCCACCAGCGCAUCCACACGGGCGAGAAGCCCUACCCUUGUCCAGACUGUGAGCGGCGCUUCUCUUCGUCCUCUCGCCUGGUGAGCCACCGGCGAGUGCACUCUGGGGAGCGCCCCUACGCCUGCGAGCACUGCGAGGCCCGCUUCUCUCAGCGCAGCACUCUGCUCCAGCACCAGCUCUUGCACACGGGAGAGAAGCCCUACCCCUGCCCAGACUGUGGACGUGCCUUCCGCCGGAGCGGCUCGCUAGCCAUACACCGCAGCACGCACACCGAGGAGAAGCUGCACGCGUGUGAUGACUGUGGCCGCCGCUUUGCCUACCCCUCACUACUGGCCAGUCACCGGCGCGUCCACUCAGGCGAGCGGCCCUAUGCUUGCGACCUGUGCUCUAAGCGCUUUGCCCAGUGGAGCCACCUGGCCCAGCACCAGCUCCUGCACACCGGGGAGAAGCCUUUCCCCUGCCUUGAGUGUGGCCGUUGCUUUCGCCAGAGGUGGUCUCUGGCUGUCCACAAGUGUAGCCCCAGGGUCCAAAACUGUAGCCCUAGAUCUGCUAUAGAGGGACCCAGUCAGAAGGGCAAUGUUCUUUAGAAUGGGAAGGACUGUCAAGUUCAUUUCAUUUCAGAGAGGCCCAGCGAAGGGAAGGAGAAGCCCCAGGUCAUACAGGGCAGAUUCAGAACUGAAACCCAGGUCUCCUACCAUACAAACCUGAAAUAUAUCCUACCACACUGGCUGCCUUACUCUGUCUAGAACAGAUAGUCGCAUUAGGAGAGUUAAAGUUUAAUGAGCUAUCCUAUCCUAAAAGAAUUCUGUUUGUGGCUGUCAGGGUAAAAGUUCUCCCCUUAUAUUCCAGGGGCUGUCUGCCUUUAAUUUCCAUAUAGGGAUUACCUGUCCCCUUGUAGGCAGUCAGGAGGAUCCUAUUUAUAGCUGGCAGGAUCUUCUACUCUGCCUCUUCCUCCAUACCAGGUUUAAGCAAACCUAGGUUAGCCCCCUUUUUACAACACUCCUGCCAAGUGGUGUUCUACCCUUGCUUUAAAACCUCCCUUGACAGUGAGCUCACUACCUCACAAGGCAGGUCAUUUCUUUGUGGGAUAGCUAUGAUCUUUAGGAAGUGGUUAAGUGCCACAUUCUCCUUCCCUGUAAGCCUUGCCCAGAAUAUGUCUAAUACUUUCUCUACAUGGCAGCCUUUCAGAUAACUUAAUCACAACUUCUUUGCCCCAUGUUUUCAGAUUAAACAACAUUAAUUUGGUCAAUCAUUUCUUACAAAUAGGGUUCCAAUUCCCACACAUGAUCACCCAACAGGUGCUGGUUUUUCAAUGCCCCUUUUAAAGGGUCAUACAAAAAUAAGCCAGCACCACAGUGUACACUGUAUACCUCCUUGGUCUGGUCUUGUUUUAACAGCUCUAGAUUGCAUUGGAUUUGGGAGGAGUGGCAGUGCCAGGAGUUUAUUGGGUUGCAGACACCCAAAUACCUAAGCUUUUUUAAACCAAAUGCUGUGAAGCUAAGUCUUCUGCACCCUGUGUUUGGAAAAUUGGUUCAAGUUGGGUCUGGGACAUAAGUGCAGUGAGCUUUGGGACAAGAUUGUUCUUAAGGAAAAGCAGGGGAGGUAUGGGUUAGCUGCAAGAAGUGAAAACAGGACCGGCUUGUUGUGCUUUAUCUGGUGGGUUUGGAGCGUUCCUUACAACCAGUGGUUGGAAAAUCCUAGGUCUCACUUUAGCACAGAACCUUCCAUGAGUCCUCAGUCAACAUUUUUUAAUAAAAUGAGGUGAGGCCAUUUAAGGAGGGUAGACGUUAGGUGAUUGCAUACAAAGCAAAAAGUAUACAGUCAUCAAGUUGUGUUCAUGCCCACCCCUCACAUAAACUCCAGAAGGCAGCUAUGUGUCUUAAUCAUGUUAAGCCUCCAUGGCACCCACCCCUGAACAGGUUUACUGAAUUGAAUGAACAGGCCUAUCACUGCCUUGGGUAGCUGCACCAAGUUGGAAUUUACAAACCUGACUCGUCUCAUUCCAACAGCUAAAAGGAGGCAUCCUACCCUUGUAUCUCCUGAUCUCAGCCCCAGAGUGGGGGAGCAGCUGGGGAACACAGCUUUUGUAAUUACCUCUGUUCUGGUGUUGAGCAAGUUGCAUUAUAACUGUUUCUCCUUGGGUGACGAGCUACCUUAAGGUAGGGGUCAGACCAGAUUGGGUCUUAUUAAAAUGUCUGUUGAAUGAA